CAAGUCAUAUUUUGUAAUCAAUCUAGUAGCGUCAUCUAAGUUUUCAUUCUUGAUAAAAAAUAAGCUGACGAUUAGCCAGUUACGCACUAUAUGCUUUCACAUUACCUUGCAGGUCAAAUGACCAGUAUUGUUCUGGUGUUACAAAUAUUGUGAUUAUUUCAUACUUUUAACGUUCAUUUAUUGGUUUUUAUUUUUAUACGAAGACGACCAUGAAUAAAAAUAGUCUCAAAAGUUCUAGCAAUGUGAUUUUUUCGAUGUUGUACAAAGCACUGAUUGUCUCUAUGUUGGUUAAUGCCGUGGGUGCAAGAUUACGACAAAACAAUGCUGAGCUUAUGGUUAGUUGUGACAAUUCUGUAAUGAAAGUGCAGAUGACUUUUAAAUACCCUUUUAGUGGGAUAGUUUUUGUCCCUGAGCAUUAUUACGAUCCUACUUGCAGUUAUGGGCUUCAUCCAAACUCAACUGCUUUGGAAAUAACUCUUACUCUACUUCAUGACUCAUGUAAAAUGCAGAUAUUAAAUGUUUCCAAUAAGCUCAUUGGCUUUAAUACUAUAGCAGUUUUUCAUCAUCGUAUGCUGGAGACGGUUUACGAUUAUAUUCAAAAUGUUACUUGUGAGCUUAAAUGUCCCAUCACGGAUUUGAAUAAGAAUAUCUGGAGUGAACCAGUAUUAAAUACGUGGAUAUCAUUUGAAAAUCCUCUCUCAGUUUUACCAGAAGACAUUGUUGACACAAUGGGCCUUGAAGAUGCUCUUCUGCUGGUCUAUCAUGUAAAAGAUCGAGGUCUGUAUCGGGACAUGGUGGUAAUGAACUGUAUUGGACACGAUGAUCGCACAGUUAAUCAAAAGACAAAUUUUUAUCAAAUAUCUAGUCCUUUCGGAUGUUCUUCAGAAUUUGAUUUAGUAUCGAAUUUUACUGCUUUUAGAAAUCCACUUAGUAGUUCGAAGAUGAUUGCGUAUGCUGUUGUAAAGAAUUUUUCUAUAGUUGCUAGAAGACGUCUUUAUAUUACUUGUGGAGCAGAAAUUUGCAAAGACAAAUGUGAAAGGAAAUGUGGUGCAAUUGAUCACAAAAAAGGUUUUUAUUUCAGUGAUAUAGUAACUAAAGGUUUGGUAAAGAGACCAGAAGGGUCUAAAAGACCAGCGUCUCUUACUGCGUUUGAGAGAUUUGAUAGGCAGAGGCGAUCACACGAAGACGUAGAUUUGUUUUUCAAGUAUGCUGCAGAUGAACAGAAUGAAUUCCUCUUGGAGAAAAUAAGCGUGGUUUCACCGUAUUCUGUAAUUCAAUCUGAUGCUGCAACAAUUCAAACGAACCAAAAUGGCACGACGCAAGACUCUGAACAAAAUGGUCGUUCAAAACGUGCAAUUAGGCAAUUUGAGACUGAACUAAUAUCUCCAGGAAUGAAUGUCAUCGUGAUCAAAUCGGAACAAACUGUUGAUUUGGAGCAGUCUACAGUUAUGGUAGAGUCUGCAUUGCCAAGAAACAAUGAAAGUUAUCAAUCUGUAUCCUCAGACUUGUCUGAACUUGAUUCAAUUGUGAAGAUAAAAGUGCCAUUUGAACCGAAGCGUUCAACUAGAAUUGAUGGGGAGCAUGUGUCUGACCGAUUUAGCUUCAGUUCCUUUUUAAGAGCAUUGGUAGCAAUUUUUGCUUUGAUUUGUAUCAGUGGUGUUUGCUAUUUCCUGUUUUCUUUUAGAAGACAUCCGGUUGUAGAAACUGUUUCAGACUAUACGUCGCAAGCUUAUUUUUAAAGAAAUGUCAAAAAUUUUAAGUUAUUUUACAUUUUUAAUAAAGUUUUACAAGUUGC